AUGGCCGCAACACAUCUAGAGCAGGCUGUCUUCAUGACACCGGGGGUGUUUGAUGGUGAUGCCGCUGAGGCGUUGCUUGAAAAUUUUGGACAGAUUGUGUGGGAUGAAAUGCCUGCUGCUAUCGGCACUCACCACGGUGGCAAUCAUGACUGCUUCAUGUCAGCCAUUGCUUGGGGACAAGCAAUGUUUUGUGGGGACGGUAUUGUCAUACCCGGUACUAUAGGAUAUAUGUGCUGGGGAAACGAGCAGCAGCUUGAGCUAUAUAUGAUACCUGAGAGACAAUGGGAUCCAGUGUUACAUCUUGAUGUUAGGGACCCCUUGGUUAUUUUAUCCAUCAUCCGUCCAUGGGAUCCUGGUAUUUUUCAUGCUGUUGCUUGGGGACAAGCAAUGUUUUGUGGGGGUGGAAAUGUAACAUCUAUAGAUAUGGUCUAUACACAAAGGGGCCCACAUCCAAAGGAGAGAGGGCAUCGAACCGAAAAUACUGAAUUGGGAUUUCCCCUUUCGCUGUUCGUCCGUGGCGAUGAAUCUUCUCACGUCCCGGCGAUCCUCGUCGGCGGCCACGGGAACCUACCGGUGAGAGCAUCAUCGUCUUCCUCACGUCCUGGUCCUCACCACCGGUGGCCACAGGGUGUGACAAAGGGCCGCGUCCAACUCCCGGUGGCACCAGCGCCGCGUUCUUCCAAGAAGCUGGCGCCACCGCCGCCGCGGUGGCCGCGGGCGCUGGUCUUCUACGGCGGUGGAGGUGCUACCACAGAGGAGCCAGCCAGCCAGCCACCAGCUCGGAUUGGGACACCAGCUCAGAUCGGGAAAAUAUCCAUGCGAAGUCUCUGCAUCCCAAACCCGAUCUUGCCAAGUUUUAAUCUUGGUCUCGCUAGAUUGGAAUUGACAACAGGGAAUCUCUCGAAAGGCGAUGCCAACGACAAGCAACUGUCCAUGGGGAAAAAGUUUUUAGAGAAGAACAAGUAA